GGGUAAUUGCAUACCAUGCAAUAUAUAAUAUCUGCAGAUAAGUUUGGCAAUGCUGAAAGGAAAGACAGGGAGAUGGGUCAUCUCUAUGCUUUGGACUUUGAUGGAGUUAUCUGUGAUAGCUGUGGUGAGACAGCUAUCUCUGCUCUUAAGGCUGCCAAAUUGAGAUGGCCUCCCUUGUUUGAUGGUGUGGAUUCAACCAUAGAAGAUUGGAUUGUUGACCAGAUGAUUACAGUACGGCCAGUGGUGGAAACUGGAUAUGAAACUCUUUUACUUGUGAGGUUGUUGCUUGAGACUAGAGUUCCAUCCAUCAGGAAGUCUUCGGUUUCGGAGGGGCUCAAAGUUGAGGAUAUACUGGAGAACUGGUUCAAAUUGAAGCCUAUCAUUAUGGAAGAAUGGAAUGAGAAUAGAGAAGAACUAAUAGACCUUUUUGGGAAGGUCAGAGAUGACUGGUUGGAGAGGGAUUUCACAGGUUGGAUUGGAGCAAACAGACUCUAUCCUGGUACUGCUGAUGCUUUAAGAUUUGCAAGCUCAAAAGUGUACAUUGUCACCACAAAACAGAGCCGCUUUGCUGAUGCUUUACUAAGAGAGCUUGCUGGAGUGACUAUAGCACCAGAAAGAUUAUAUGGUCUAGGAACAGGUCCCAAGGUGGAAGUGCUAAAGAAGCUUCAGAAAAUGCCAGAACACCAGGGGCUGACACUACACUUUGUGGAAGACAGGCUUGCAACCCUUAAGAAUGUCAUCAAAGAGCCAGAGCUAGAUAACUGGAAUUUAUAUCUAGUGAAUUGGGGGUUCAACACUCAGAAAGAGAGAGAAGAAGCACAAGCCAACCCUAGGAUUCAAGUUAUUGAGCUCUCUGACUUCAGUAGCAAGCUGAAGUAGUAGUAUGUCCUCAUUAAAUUGUCAAUCAGUGAAUACACCUUGUCUUCUAUCUCAUUCAUUUAUGAACAACGGCAAAUUUCUUAAGACUUUCUAUUAUUACACUUGCAGCAAUCACAAGGUUUUUUUUAGUCGUUUA